AUGUCGCACUAUAAUCAAUUCCCCAACGAGGGCGUAGACCCCUCCGAACUUACCAUGCAGAACAGUGGCUUCAUGUCAUAUCCCUUCUCAUCCCAGCAAAACAUGUCCUCGUCUUUCAAUUUCGGAAACUCCGGCAUCGAUACUGAUGAGUUGCUUGACCUGGAGAUCAGCGGGCCUAACGGAGUCCCGCGGAACGACAACAUGAACUUCCUUCAGGACCAACAUUCCAGUGCCGGUAUUUCCAUGAGCCACCCGGGUCAAAUGGGUCAAAUAUACUCCAACACCCCGGAUGGUGCUCCUAUGCACAGCCCCUUCAUGCACAACAACAGCUUCAACAACUACGAGCAGUAUCGCAAUAUGAACCAGCCGAUCCAGCAGAGUUCUCCACAUCUUCAGAGCAACUCCCACUUUGAACAGAGCUACUUGAACACCAAGGGGCGCCCGACGCUGCAGGUGGACCGAGCAUCGACCGAUGCUCGUAGCCCGAUGACUCCCAAGACGCCCGCCAUGGGUGCGCUGGCUCUUGGAACCCCGGAAUCCGGUAGCUUCCCCACACAGCCCAUCAGAACUGCAGGGCUUCAACAUCGCCACCAGAAGACCCUGUCGAACCAAUGGGAUGGCACCCCUAACAGUGCCCACUCUUAUGUCGAGUCACCAAUUUCUUCCCCAGGCCACCCAUCCCACCAUGCUGGUAUCUCCGAGAUCCUUAAGUCUGGAAAGCACGCCUCAUUGCCCGCCAAGGUUGAUACACACUUGCCCGGAACCGGUCAGGAUUUGGAAUCACAGGAAGCCAAGCGACGCCGUCGCAGGGCCUCCCACAACCUGGUGGAGCGUCGCCGUCGUGACAACAUCAACGAACGUAUCCAGGAUUUGUCGCACCUGGUUCCCCAGCACCGAUUGGAAGAUGACAAGGUGCGGAAGCAAAUUGUGAACAACACUGCCAUGUCUGCCACUGGAGCCAGCUCGAAUCCUGCCACAUCCCUCCUGGCCGGAGGCAAUGGUCGCCGCGCCACUGCUGGUAACAUCACCAUGGGUCUGCCAAUCGAGGAGAAGGAGAAGGGACCCAACAAGGGAGACAUCCUCAACGGCGCAGUGGGGUGGAUGAGGGACUUGAUGUGGAGUCUGCACGUCAAACUCCAACAAGAGUCCGAGCUUGCCGAGUUGAUCACCAGCCUUGGAGGUACCUGGCCGUUUGAACAAACCGAGGAAGAGAAGCGCAUGCGCAGUGAGAUUCUUGACGCACUGGAAAGGAACGAUCCCAACUCUUUCAGCUACACCCGUGGCCCUGGAAGUGGUCUCCGAGUGCCCAAGCACACUAACAUGGCUGGUGACGCUGUGUCAGGAACUGCCGCCCUGAGUCCCCAGAGCCUGAGCCCGUCAUACAACAGCGGAAGCAGCUCCGGGGGACCCAGUCAGGCACAAUACUGGAACAGCUCGGGACACGCCGGCAUGAGCUUCAAAGAAGAAGACGAGUACGCCAUGGAAAUGAAUUAA